UGAAGCCUCUCCUCGGCUCUGACAGCCUCCUCGCAGGACCAGAAACUGUCAACGGCUGCAGUCAUGUCGGCAUCUGCUCCUGGGGCCAGCAAGGCGGCCCACGGCGACCCGGCCGCCAAGAAGAAGAGGGGCCCCGGGGCCCUGGCCACGGCCUACCUGGUCAUUUACAACGUUGUUAUGACAGCGGGGUGGCUGGUAAUAGCCGUGGGUCUGGUCCGAGCUUAUCUGGCUAGAGGGAGCUACCAUGGACUGUAUUACUCCAUAGAGAAGCCUCUGAAGUUCUUCCAGACCGGAGCUAUGCUGGAGAUCCUGCACUGUGCAGUGGGAAUCGUCCCGUCCUCUGUGGUGCUGACCGGGUUCCAGGUCCUGUCCAGGGUUUUCCUCACCUGGGCCGUCACUCACAGCGUCAGAGAGGUGCAAAGUGAGGACAGCGUCCUGCUGUUUGUCACAGCCUGGACCGUCACAGAGAUCAUCCGCUAUUCCUUCUACACCUUCAGUCUCCUCAAUCACCUGCCGUACCUCAUCAAAUGGGCCAGGUACACGUUUUUCAUCGUGCUGUAUCCCAUGGGGGUGACGGGAGAACUGUUGACCAUCUAUGCAGCGCUGCCGUACGUGCAAAAGACCGGCCUGUACUCUGUUACCCUUCCCAACAAGUACAACUUCUCUUUUGACUACUACACCUUCCUCAUCCUGAUCAUGAUCUCCUACAUCCCCCUCUUUCCCCAGCUUUACUUCCACAUGCUGCGGCAGAGGAAGAAGGUGCUGGGCCACACGGAGGACUACAGAAAGGUGGAGUGAGCCCAGCGGGGUUAAGAACAAUUCAAUGAGGGAGAAGAAGCCAAAAUAUCCCACGGAUGAGUGAAGGGGAAACGGUGUCUCUUUGUUGAAACAUAACGCCCAACCAGUUUUCAAACUGCCACAGCUGACCUGGCAGAUUAUCAAAUAAUAAGCAACAUCUUCUUUUUUUUUAAACUGUUGUUUAGCUUUUACUGAAAUUGUGGAUUUUUCUCUUUUGUUUAACAUGCAAAGUAAUUCGAAUUAUUUUUGUUAAGUUGGAGACCUUGCAGCUGCAAAGAAAUUGUAAGAAGACUUGAAUUACACUUGAUCAACACCACAGAACAUCUGAAUAAAAUGAAACACUAAGAGCUGACGACCUUCUGUUGAAUAGCACUGUAGGAAAGACUAGAGUAGGUUCCUCCCUCCCCGUGGCUCCUCGUUUGAUCCCUUUUUCAGAAGCAGCUUUGUUUUGUGCUACUGAUACUGGGCGAAAAAUGUGAAUUGUAGCACUGAAAGUACUUGUCCGUAGGUUUUCCUUCUGCAGUGUAUUGUUUGAUACACACUGUGGUGCAGAUUUGUCAUUUUUCAUUUAGUUAAUUUAUUCAAAAGCUUGAUUACAUUCCACAUUUUGCUCAAUAAACAUUUUUCAUUCCA